CGACUGAGCCACCCAGGCGCCUCCAUUUACUUGAUUUAAAAAUCAGCAAUUCUGCAAUACUUUAUGGGGCACAGGAUUUCAGUAGUACAGAGUGGAUUUCUUACCUAGUAGUGAGAAAUGGUGCAACCCAGAAAGCAGAAUACCUUUUAAGUAGCCAAGAAAUUCACUUCAAAUGCAGUUGCUUAUUGAUAAAUAAAAUUAUAUUUAUCAAGAACUUACUGGUAAACAAUAUUCUAAGCACGUUAUAUGUAUAAGCUUAUUUAAUCUUUGAAACAUCUCUGUAUAAUUAAUAAUAAUAAUAUAGUUAUUGAGUAACUUUUACCCCUAGGUUAUUUUACAUGAUAACCUUCAGAUUUCUUUCUCUUCAGACUCAACAUCCUCAGUUCCAUUAUCCAUGAGACAUGAUUUGAAUUUCUUCUCUUUGUCAGGUAUUAUACUUUGUUUAGCUCCCUUUUAAAGGAUGGUAUCCAAAAUCUAUACUCUAGAUGUAGUGUGACAUUUGCAGAGCAAAGUGAGAAUGUCUCUGUUAGUUCUGCAUAUUAUAGUUCUAUUAUUGCAACUUAAACGUACAUAAGCUUAGUGUACUAAAAUAAAAUUAAAACCCCUGAGCCCUUUAAACAUAUCCUACAAAUGUAUCUUUUCUCUCUUAAGCUAUACUUAUGUAGUUGUUUUGUAAUUCAUUAUAGAAUCUCAACAUUUACCCUCUUAAAUUUCUUGUUAGAUAUCAGGUGUUUUUGGAUCCUUGAUUUGUUAACCACUGAUUUUGCUGUCUUUGGAAGCUUCAUGUCACCUGCAGAGUUGAAGGGAAUGCCCAAGUAUCUUCUUCAUUUUGGCCUUACAGCAUGUUCCAGAAGCUUUCCUCCAGAUAAACCUCAUUCCAUGAAGACUUACAGAUGAAGUUAAAUUUGACCCAGCCUGUUGAGAAUUUGAAUUGGAUGAAAAGAAAAUGAGAGGAGAAAGGCUAUAGACAAAAAUCAGGCAUAUGAUGGACCACACAUCCCCGACCUACAUGCUUGCUAACUUAACCCACUUACAUUCUGAACAACUUCUGCAGGGCUUGAAUCUUCUUCGUCAACAUCACGAACUCUGUGACAUCGUUCUUCGAGUAGGUGAUGUUAAAAUCCAUGCUCACAAAGUGGUACUUGCCAGCAUCAGCCCAUAUUUCAAAGCUAUGUUCACUGGAAACCUUUCUGAAAAAGAGAACAGUGAGGUUGAGUUUCAGUGCAUUGAUGAAACUGCUCUCCAGGCCAUUGUGGAGUAUGCCUAUACCGGGACUGUUUUUAUUUCGCAGGACACAGUUGAAUCUCUCCUUCCAGCGGCAAACCUACUCCAGAUAAAGCUUGUCCUAAAAGAAUGUUGUGCAUUUCUUGAAAGCCAGCUUGAUCCUGGUAAUUGUAUUGGAAUUUCUCGUUUUGCAGAGACAUAUGGUUGUCAUGACCUUUAUUUGGCAGCUACUAAAUACAUAUGCCAGAAUUUUGAAGCCGUUUGCCAGACUGAAGAGUUUUUUGAACUUACACAUGCUGAUUUGGAUGAAAUUGUUUCCAAUGACUGUUUGAACGUAGCUACUGAAGAGACUGUUUUUUACGCACUUGAGUCUUGGAUCAAGUAUGACGUACAAGAACGUCAGAAAUACUUAGCACAGCUACUUAACAGUGUGAGAUUACCAUUGCUGAGUGUUAAGUUUCUUACUAGACUAUAUGAAGCAAAUCAUCUUAUUCGUGAUGAUCGCACUUGUAAACAUCUUUUGAAUGAAGCCCUAAAGUACCACUUUAUGCCUGAACAUAGACUUUCUCAUCAGACAGUCCUGAUGACACGACCUCGCUGUGCUCCCAAAGUACUUUGUGCAGUAGGAGGAAAAUCUGGACUAUUUGCCUGUUUGGACAGUGUGGAGAUGUACUUUCCUCAGAAUGACUCUUGGAUUGGUUUGGCACCCCUAAACAUUCCUCGCUAUGAAUUUGGAAUAUGUGUUUUAGACCAAAAAGUGUAUGUUAUAGGUGGUAUUGAAACUAAUGUGCGUCCUGGCAUCACUAUCAGAAAACAUGAAAAUUCAGUAGAAUGCUGGAAUCCUGAUACAAAUACCUGGACUUCUCUUGAGAGAAUGAAUGAGAGCCGAAGUACCCUUGGAGUAGUAGUACUUGCAGGAGAACUUUAUGCAUUAGGUGGUUAUGAUGGACAAUCUUACUUACAAUCUGUAGAGAAGUAUAUUCCUAAAUUAAGAAAAUGGCAACAUGUGGCACCAAUGACUACAACAAGAAGUUGUUUUGCUGCAGCUGUGUUGGAUGGAAUGAUAUAUGCCAUUGGUGGGUAUGGUCCUGCCCACAUGAACAGUGUGGAGCGUUAUGAUCCAAGUAAGGACUCCUGGGAGAUGGUUGCAUCUAUGGCAGAUAAAAGGAUUCACUUUGGUGUGGGUGUCAUGCUAGGCUUUAUUUUUGUGGUGGGUGGACAUAAUGGUGUCUCACAUUUGUCAAGCAUUGAAAGAUAUGACCCUCAUCAAAAUCAAUGGACUGUGUGUAGACCAAUGAAAGAACCCAGAACAGGAGUUGGUGCUGCAGUAAUUGAUAACUACCUUUAUGUAGUCGGCGGUCACUCAGGGUCUUCCUAUCUGAAUACUGUGCAGAAAUAUGACCCUAUUUCAGAUACGUGGCUGGAUUCAGCUGGCAUGAUAUACUGUCGCUGCAACUUUGGAUUAACUGCACUUUGACAAGUGUGGAUUUGUGGAAAUAGUGUGGUAAUGAACCUUGUGCCGCAUGAAAGGAUGCCCAAUUUUCUGAAAUCCAAAAGCUACAUUACUUUCUUAUUAACUUGAAAUAGCAUGAAGACUCAAAGUUCUCCUGGGUACUCUGAACUGAUAAAGUAGCUUUGGUUGCUCUUGAUUACAUAGUGAAUCAAUAAUUUAAAAAAAAAAAAAAAGAACUUGCCAAUUUAAUUGUGCACUUUUUCCCUCCUAAUACUGGGAUAGAGUCGUUUUAUGUUCAUAAGUGUACAUGUGGAGAAAAUCUUGCUGCUUAAAAAAAAAUUUAGCUCUCCCUCUUACUUAAUAUAUGCACCAUGAUUUCCUAGGAUGAGAGAUGCUUCAGUGUUGGAGUGUAUUGAAUGACUAGACAGAGCGCUGAUACUGUCUGUUGGAUAUUAAUUCAUAUGCUUCACAUUUUAAAUAAAGGGCUGCUUUUUUGAGGGGGGUACUGUUAAGGGUUGUAAAUUAUAUACCAUAGUGAGUCAUCUGGAUACUCUUCCUACUAAAUGGCUUUAGGAAUGGGGAUAUAAGAAGUUUGUAGAACAAAUGCUUUUACUAUCAUGAUAUUUGGGGGCUCAUUUUAAGAAGGCAGAUAUUUGCUCUUUAUGCCUUCUUUCUAUGGGCAGGUUAAGGCUGGAUGAAUUUAGCUACCCACCUGUGCUAUACUAAGCAUGGAUAGAAAGAGUUAAGCAUAUCAGUUUCAGUUUUUUUGUUAUUUCCGUAGUACAGCAGGCUUCCCAGUGUUGAUGUAAAUAUUUGACAAAUGUUCAGUACAUUCUAAGUACAUACUGAUUUUUUUUCAUAUAUCCUUAUAAUCAUUUUAGUUUUUUAAGACCUUUGGUUGCUUUUUCAAAGUGUUCAGAUAUAAAAAUGGUGCUAACUGUAGGAUAUAUAACAAGGCUAUAAUGUUCUUUUGAAUGUUCAGUAUGAGAUAUGCAUGAUAGUAUGUUUUGAUAGUAUUUUUUCAUUUUUUUUUUUUUUUUUACUGGCUUGGUUCAUUUGUGCUUAUUAAAAGUGUUAGCAGUUAUGCUAAUGUUAACAUCCAAGAGUCAUCUAAAUGGCCUGUUAUACUUUUCAUGGUUCCUGAAUAGUGAUUUAAAGAAAGAUGCAUUUUUUAAUCUUCUUUCUUCUUGUGCUAGAUAUUAUAUGUCCUUCUUAAAAACAAAUAUAUGCAUUAAAUAUGAAGCACUAGGCAGUUAUGCAUUACUUUGUACACUUCUUAGGUAAUUGAAUAUUUUACAGAGUUACUGAGGAAAACUGGAACUCGAUGUUUACUUGAGUAAUGGUUCUAAAUUUGGUUCUACUUUGACUAAAGAAACAAGCAAGACUGUUUGCUAUAGCCAGUGAUAGUUUAUUUAAAAUUAGUGGUUAGCUCAUUUUGUUUUAGCAUGUUUUAGUAAAUACCUGUCAGUCUUGAACCUAUUACUUUGCAUUUUAUUAGGAUGUCGGUACUUGUAUUUUUGGUACUGUAGUUGUGUUGUUUUCUUUUCCUUGAUUUUUUUUUUUUAACCUGCCUGCUAUCUCUUUAUAGUCUCUGCAAAACCAGUGUACAUUUGUUUUCUAAGAAAAAAUUCAUACUGCAUUCUUAAGUGCCAUAAUAUUCUAAACUAUUGUUAAGAAGCCAUUUGUAAUUAUAAAACAUAGGUUCAUUCAUUAGCAAAUAUGUUAUUUUUUGGAAACUAUUGCCUGGCAAUUUGCAGUUUUUCUUGUUCUUCCAUAAACUGCCAGUGUAGAUUUAAAUACAUAGUGCAAAACUACAUAAAAUCACCUUUAAUCAUGUAAGUAGUAUGCUUUAUGAAUAUUUGCACAGAUUAUAAAACCUUGCAAGUGAUUUUUUAGUCUCUUACAAUUAAGAACUCAACAGAAGUUACUAAUAAAAUUGACAGGCUGAGUAUUUUCUAUGUUGCUUGUUUGAAUAACAUAAUGAUAUAUAGCAAUAACUUUUUAAUUGAUUUGAAUAAAUCUAUUGAAUAGAAACAAGGUGCACUAUUGUGAUUGGCCUAGACUUUAAGGAAAAGCAAUUUAAAAUAGAUUUCAUUACUUACUUAAUUUUAAAUUCUCAACUCAAUCUUUUUUCUGUUUAUAUUAUUAAAUGCAUUCUAUUAUACUAUUUUAAUCUUCUAUCCCCAGAAGAUAAGGGAAUUUGAAAGACAAUAGAAAUUUAUUUUAAUUGUAAACAGAUCUGUACUAUACAUGUUAACAAUGUUUUACUCAUGUGUCAUCCCCACUAUCAAAUUGUUAUUAAACAUAGAAUCACUUGGUAAAUUAGACCAAAGGCAUAUAUUGAUCAUUGUUUUGGAAAACUCAAAACUUUAUCUUGCUAAAGACUAAAUGUGAAACAUCUUGGGCAAUAGUAGAAACUGUAUACCAGAGAAAAAAUUAUAAAAACCUGUAAAAAGAAAGAAAACAACCCCAAACUUUUGAAAUAACUAAUUUUGGGUUUACCAAACCUACGGUACUAUCCAUAACAACCAGAGGUAUUGUAACCUGACAACUGAUAACUUUACAGUAGACCUUCUCGUAUGGAUUUCUGAGAAGUUUCAUCAUGAAUACUUUGCUGACAGAUUGUGAAUUUAAAGUCACAUGUUUUUCAUGUCAAAACUCAUCAAAGUGUUUGCUUAUAAAUGAUAUUAGACAUAAUUUUAUAUACUCAGGCAAUGGGAAGAAAGCUGUUUAAGAUUGCCCAGAAAUAUUUUGGGAAAAAAAAAGGUGACAAUGGAAAUAGAAAGUAUCUAAUCACCUGGAAGAUAAUUGCCUUCCAUAAUUAUGACGACUUAAUCUUGUAGGAAUGUUUGGGUAUUUAAUCUUUGUUAAAUAUAGUAAUAGAACUUAAGUGAUUUUUAAUGUAGCCCAAAGGAUGUUUCCAUAGGUUAUUGCUAAUAAUGUUUUAAAUAUGAAUGAAUAUCAAACUAUAGAAAGUGAUAUCAAAUGGUAGGAAAAUGGCAUUAGGUUUUGAAAAAUUAUUUUGCUAGCUUGACAAAUUAUGGAGGGUCUACUAUAUAGAUGCACGUGGUAUUGUGCCAGAUUCUGUCAGGGCUAGAAAUAUUAUAAAUAAUAGAUACAGUCUUUUCACUCAAUGAGUGAAGUAUGGUGAGGGAGACCUGUACCCAAAUAACUAUUAUGGUAAAGUAUGAAUCUAAUUCCUUAUAACCAAUAUCACUAGAAGUGAUUAGACACCCAGUUUAUGUAUAAACAUUUGUGUCCUUUAGUGUCCAGUUAGGUUUUAUUGACAUGUAAAGAAUUAUAGAAAACCUAAUGUUUAUAGAACUCUAAACUUCCUGGAAUUGGAUAAUAUAUUUUCUAUUAGAAAAACAAAAUUGUAGAAACUGCAAAAAAAUUAUUUACUAUAUUACAAGGCUCUGGCUAACAUUGAAAAAGUAUAUGUACCUAUAAUGCUGUGUUUGUUUUCAGUUUUGGUGUUGGAUUUCUGGUAUUGUCACCUAAGUGCUCAUUUUCAGGAAAAUCAGAUUCUACAAUAAAUAUACUGCUUAAAAGUUCAAUAAACUUGUGAUAACCUCUAUAACCUCUGUAGUCUGAAAAUAAAGAAAUUAGAAGAUGUCACAUGUCAAGUUAACAUCCAGUUCUACUUCUUAAUCUUUUUUUUUUUCUUUCCUUUGUAAAACAGCACUUUAAUUAGACCUGGUUUAAUUAGAUACAUUUAUUCUGUGGCUGGAUACAUAUUGGAUUUUCACUUACAGUAUAUUAAUUCAGUGUUGAUACACAUUUGAAAAGAGUAAAAAAUACAUUGUUUCAAAUACUAUAGGUUUACAAGUUUUCUUACUGGUGUGAAUAUGGAGUCAAUAAAAAUCCAGUUUACAUCUCUGUAGAGAGAAAAAUUGUUAUCCAUAUGUCUUUUAUAUUAUACAUAUUUAACUAGAGAUAAUUUAUUAUUAAUUUUGUCAACUUAUCAUGUGUAAGUCCCGUUUAUUUUAAAAUAAUAAGCAAAAAGUUCCAAGUUUGCCUUAAAAUACAAGUGAAAUUAAAGAACUGGAUGAUAAUGCCUCUAUUUUUGCCUUAUGAAUUGUGCUGUAUCAUAAACCAGAGAUGGUUUUGAUUUUAACAGGAUUCUGAAAUUUUGUAGAUGUAGAGUACUAAUAUUUGUACUCUCUUGCAAAGAAUGUGAUGUAGUUGUGCAUUAUGUUAAUGUUUAAAUGUUUUUGUAAAUGUAUCUUACCUCUGAAUAUGUAUCUUUUUAGCAUCAGGGUUUUAUUUUUGUUUACAUGGUAAAGUGGCAUUUAACUUGUUGAAAGCUGUAUUCUUUUGUCUUUUAUUUUAAAAGUUCUUUGUGUGUACUGUUGUGGUGAUGCUCUGUAAUGACUAUGGUUAAAUUUCAUUUAAUGUGAAAUGUUUAAAAUAAAUUUGAGAAACAUGA